AUGGCAAGUAGCAUAGACUUGAAGAUGAAGGAGUCUGUUGUUGAAGACUGGGACUCAAAUUUUCAGUUUGGUUUCAACCAAGGCACACAUGAGACUAGAGAGCACUACCGUUAUCUCCUUCAUCUUUUCAAUGAGCGCUAUGAAGGUGUGAAGGCCAAACAUGCGGAAGAGGUAAAGGUUGAGAAGCUCAAUGCGAAGAUUGAGGUCAUUGUCCAGAUGGAGAAGGUGAAAGUGCCACCAUAUCCAGAUUGGUGCAAGUUGGAUGAAGCUUUGUUGUAUGAUUGA